UUUCAGAGUGGGACCGCGAGAAGCCGCUUGUAAACAGAGCUGGUCCGGGAUGGUCAGCGGCCGGGAGGGCUGUCACCGUGAGGCGGGCGGCGGACUGCGAGAGCCAAGCCCCCGCCAGGAGCGGACUGCAGGCCCCGCAGGUGAACGGAGAGUAGCAGCCGGCGCCCAGGAAAUCAAGGAUUGGUGUGGCAUUGCUUUGACAAGUACUUCCUGUUGUCUUCACAGAGGUCUCACUGAAGAAUAAUCUCAAAGGAACAUUUGGUCUCCCUAUACAUCUGUUAAUGCCCAUUAGCCACUAGAAAAUGCUUUUAAUUACCAGGAAAACAUCAACCACCUUUGUGUUUGGCCUGCUUCAGGAAGCCCAAUGAAGGUUUCUUCCAGUUGUUGCCAUAGCUCUAUUGCUGAAGCACCCCUCUUGGUUGGGUGAAUGUUCAUGAAGCCAUUUCUGGAACCAGCUUAGGAGGCUGAGGCCUCCUGGAGCCUGUGACAUGGAAGCUUUGGAAGUGGAUGAUAUCAGCCCGGCCUUAGAAGUUACAGAGGAGUUCUUUAGUACUUUGGAUAGUAAUCUAGAAAAGGCUGUGCAGCAAGCAGAGGUUUAUGGGAUCCAGGAAGUCCCUGAACUGGUGGGGCAUGAGGUACUCAGUAACAUAACAGACAAUGGUGCUAUGAGAAAUGUCACCUCCCUGGGCAAGGGGGGCAUGAUUUGGGACCACUGUAAGAGCAGGCUCUUAGAAACCAAAGCUCAAAAUGUCUUCCCUGCCAAAGAACAGUUUAUGGUCCAGAGAGGGACAACCCCAGAUAAUCUUUCCUGGAUGGAACAAAAGGAAGCAUCAACCUUUAAUUUCUUCAGUAUCUGUCAGCGUCGGAGGGACCGGCCUCGUUCUGUAAAUGACUUACUGGAUGAGACCUCAACUUUCAAGCCAGGGCAUGCUCGAUCACGAUCAGAUAUUACCCAAGUGGACUGGAGGGUGGUCCUCAAAACCACGCCUUUGCAGCAGCAGCAACAGCAGCAGCCAUCGCUUCAAGGCCUGCACGUCACCAGGCCAUCUUUUCUGUUGCCCUCACCAAAUAAGAUAGAAGAUGCUCAAGGAAAUACCGAACACAAGCAGACAUUCCCAAACAUUCUAAAGAAGGGUUACCUGGAGAUUAGAAAGGACCAUGACAGUUACUGGCAAAGCUGUUAUGCAGAACUUUCACCUUACAACUUAUACUUCUACAGCCUCGACAGCAGUGGGAAUCAAAACCUCUAUGCCACGUACCAGCUUUCACACUUCCAGAGCAUAUCUGUUUUAGGCAACCUGGAGGCCAGGAUGGUGGAUACUGUUUUGUAUGACAACACUCAGCUACAGCUAAAGGCAGAGUCACCAUGGGAGGCUUUGGACUGGGGGCAGAAGCUUUGGGAAGUCGUGCAUGCUGCUGUGCCUGGUUACAUGGGGCGGCAGAAUGAGCUGACAAUCUCACCAGGGCUUGGCCAUCAUGAUGACUAUACACAGAAUCAUUGUUUCCAGAAGAAAACCAGUGGGCUGCUGCCACCGUCCCCUGUCCUGGAUAGCUCCAAACCGUACCAAAACAUCCUCAAAUCAGGGACUCUCUACAGGCUGACUGUCCAAAACAACUGGAAGGCAUUUACAUUUGUGCUGAGCAGGGCUUACCUUAUGGCUUUUCAGCCUGGCAAGCUAGACGAGGAUCCACUGUUGAGCUACAACGUGGACGUGUGUCUGGCUGUCCAGAUGGACAACCUGGACGGCUGUGACUCUUGCUUUCAAGUCAUUUUCCCCCAGGAUGUCCUUCGCCUCCGAGCUGAGACCCGACAGAGGGCUCAGGAAUGGAUGGAGGCUCUGAAGAUAGCUGCCAAUGUGGCGAGGAGUUCAGAGCAAAACCUGCAAGUCACACUGAGGAACAAACCCAAGGAUCAAAUGGGUGGGCAUGAACUCAGGAAGAACAAACGCCAAUCUGUGACUACCAGCUUCCUGAGCAUUUUGACGACUUUGUCUUUGGAACGAGGACUCACUGCUCAGAGUUUCAAAUGUGCAGGCUGCCAGCGAUCCAUAGGUCUUUCCAAUGGGAAAGCCAAGGUGUGCAACUACAGUGGGUGGUAUUACUGCAGUAGCUGCCACGUGGAUGACAGCUUUCUCAUCCCAGCACGCAUAGUCCACAACUGGGAUACUUCAAAAUAUAAGGUGUCGAAGCAGGCCAAGGAGUUUCUGGAGUACGUAUACGAGGAGCCGCUCAUCGACAUCCAGCAGGAGAACGCCAUGCUGUACCACCACGCAGAGCCGCUGGCCGCCGUGCUGCGGCUGCGGCAGCGGCUGAAGUCGCUCCGAGCCUAUUUGUUCAGCUGCCGGGCAGCGGUGGCAGAGGAUCUCCGCCGCAGAAUUUUCCCCAGAGAAUACCUCCUUCAACAGAUCCACCUGUAUUCCCUCGCCGACCUGCAGCAGGUAAUAGAGGGAAAGCUGGCUCCAUUCUUGGGCAAGGUCAUUAAAUUUGCCACCUCACACGUGUACAGCUGCAGUCUUUGUAGCCAGAAGGGGUUCAUCUGCGAAAUCUGUAACAAUGGAGAGAUCCUCUACCCUUUUGAGGAUAUUUCAACAAGCAGGUGUGAAAGCUGUGGAGCCGUUUUCCAUUCUGAAUGCAAAGAAAAGUCUGUCCCCUGCCCGAGGUGUGUUCGCCGAGAGCUGCAGAAGAAGCAGAAGUCUUUCUGGCAGAGACUGAACAUGGACGAGAGUCUAGAGGAGGCUUGCACCAUGUUCGAGCUGUCCUACCAGAACACCUGACUCCAGCCGACCCGAAGGCCAGGGAUUCACCAAUCAACAAUCCAUCAGCCCCAGAGCGGCUUCCUAACUAGCCAGUUAGACCCCUUUGGAAGAAGAGUAUGUCUCCUCUCCAGCUAGAUAUAGAUAUAUAUAUUUAUUUAUCUAGACACAAAUACCUAUACGUCCUGUACGUAUGCUCUGUGUACAUCAUUGUCCAGACGAUCCGCAGAACCUCCGUGGCUCGAGAAACUACCAAUAGCUGGAUUACAUUUAGCCAAGAAUUUCAGCUGCUUGCUCCCAGACAAAACGUGGUAUACACAAUGCUUUAUAGUUCAGACUUUUUUUUUUUUCUGUCUCUUGGGACAUUUUAUUACCCAAGACACAAGAGGAAGCAUUUCCUGCACAAAACAGUGCUUUAGGUUAUUUUUGUGUUAUUUAUUUUUAGCCUUCACAGAGGCUGAGGUAACUGAGGCAGGCACCCAUCAUCAUCUGUUUCAUAAGAAAACCUUCAAAAACAAGAGACUGCUGGGUCCUUCCAGGACCCAGUGUCCGUGGCGCUCCCGCCUCAGUUCCUCCUGCGGAGGCAGGGAAUCACGUAAGCAGAGCCGACGGCUGGAAACAGGAGCCAAGCCCCCUCUGACAGAAAGCAUACAACCCUCAUUUAUGAGGAGGGAUGGUUCUGGUUUUGAAGUUAAUCUCAGAAGUUUUUUUCCUGAGAAGAGAAGAAACCUCUGCGACCAAUAACUGCGUGUUGUCAGUCUGUUCGCCGGUACGAAUCCCAUCACCCGCCUAAUGAUGUGACGCUCCACCGUGUUUUCCAGGCUGUACACAUGGCUUUCUUAACAGUUUUCAACGGGUGCCCCUGGUUGAUAUCUGUGAUUUUUUUCCUGUUGCUGGCCGGAGGAAAUGUCCUGGGGUGGUUGUUAAAGACAUCGGCGUGUAGCCUGGUAGAUAAGGCUAUCUGGUACGUAUAUUCACAGAGAGGGUCGUUUUAGUUUCUUUUCUCAGAAUCCUGUGGAGGCAGUUCCUACCUAUUCAUUUGAAGUGGUUUAUUUCUCGUUGUUCUUCUUGCACUUUCAUUUCAACCUUUGUCAAUGCGACCAUUCUUGCUUUCUCAUUUUUUGUUUAAAAAAUCAGAGUAACGUGGAACUUCAAAAUACCAACUUUGGACUAUUAAGAAAAUACAGACUUACAAGUAUAA